CGCGCCCUCCCAUUCCAAACAGAAAGAGCGAGUGGGGUAUGUAAACGGACGGGCUUCCACCUAUUCCCUCUUAGGGUUUCCGCUUGGGCUCUCGAUGCGCGCCCCAACUCCCCAUCUCGCAGCGAUCACAGCCCCGGUCGCCGUCUCUUAGGGUUUCCUCUCACAGAUCCGAUCUCUCCGCUGGAUCGAUGGAGUUCACGGACGCCUACAAGCAAACGGGCCCUUGCUGCUUCUCCCCCAACUCCCGCUACCUCGCUGUUGCUGUCGAUUACCGCCUUGUCAUCCGCGAUGUCGUCUCUCUCAAGGUUAUACAACUCUAUUCAUGUGUUGACAAAAUAAGUUACAUUGAAUGGGCCCUGGACUCAGAAUACAUACUCUGCGGUCUCCACAAAAGACCAGUGGUACAAGCAUGGUCGUUAACACAACCAGAAUGGACCUGCAAAAUAGAUGAAGGCCCUGCUGGAAUCGCAUAUGCACGAUGGAGCCCUGACAGCCGUCACAUACUGACCACAUCAGAGUUUCAAGUGAGGUUGACUGUUUGGUCACUGCUUAACACUGCCUGUGUUCAUGUGCAGUGGCCAAAACAUGCUUCAAAAGGUGUUUCUUUUACUCAAGAUGGAAAGUUUGCUGCUGUAUGUACGAGGCGUGAUUGCAAAGAUUAUAUUAAUUUGCUUUCCUGUCAUACAUGGGAAAUUAUGGGCACAUUUGCUGUUGACACAAUAGAUUUAGCAGGCAUUGAAUGGUCCCCAGAUGACAUUUCCAUCGUGAUCUGGGACUCUCUUCUUGAAUAUAAGGUUCUGAUUUAUUCUCCAGAUGGGAGAUGCCUGUUUAAGUAUCAGGCAUAUGAGAGUGGUUUAGGGGUCAAAACUGUUGCCUGGUCUCCGUGUGGCCAGUUUUUAGCUGUCGGUAGUUUUGAUCAGAUAUUAAGGGCUCUCAACCACUUGACCUGGAAAACUUUUGCUGAAUUCACACAUGUAACAACCAUUCGCAGUCCUUGUAAUGCAGUUGUUUUCAAGGAAGUUGAUGAACCAUUGCAACUUGAUAUGUCUGAAUUAUAUCUGAGUGACAACUUUCUUCAUAAUAUUCAAG